AGGAGUCUCAAAAGUUUAUAUAUAACAGAAGUCGGUCUAAGGCUACUAUUUGUACCGUGACUGAGCUUUCAAUAGGACUGUGUAAGAUAAGUUAAUCACAAUGAGUGCUCUCUUUAAUACGUUUGUUUUAUUAACGCAAAUAGCAGCUAUAUUAGCAGCGUUACCACCGAUACAAAAAUGCCAGUUAAGUGAUUCAAAAUGCAUCAAAGCAUCAGCACAGAAUGCCAUAGCGGUGUUCUCCGCUGGUGUGCCAGAGUUAGGCAUCGAAGUGUUGGAUCCUGUCCACAUCAAGGUCAUCAAGAUCGACCUCUCUGGUUUAAAGCUAGUGCUCAGAGACUCUGACAUUUUUGGACUCAAAAAGACUGUGAUUGAUAAGCUCAGCGUUGACACUGGGAAGAAACAGAUACAGUUCAACUUCCAUGUAGCCCCCAUCGAGUUGAAGGGCAAAUACAAGGCUAGUGGUAUGCUGCUCAUUCUGCCAAUCAGUGGAGACGGUGACAUUGAUAUUAAGAUAAAAAGUAUCGAGAUCGCCAUGACUAUGCCAUUUGAGAUCGUGAAGAAUGAACAAGGCAACGAUGCGAUAGAAUUAAAGAGCUACAAAUAUACUUUUGAGAAUAACGAGAACACGCACUUUAAGUUAACUAACCUGUUCAAUGGAAACAAACAAUUGAGUGAUGCCAUGCUCUCAUUCAUGAACGAAAACUGGAAGGCUAUUUCACAGGAGUUCGGCAACCCGAUAAUUGAGAAACCGAUACAAAAAAUAUAUACUGCCAUCAAAACUUACCUACGGUCACAAGCCAUCGCAGAAAUCACUAAUGUUUAGUUCUUGCCAAAAAAUAGUAUCUAGUUAUUGGUUGAAUAAGUCACCAUCCCAUGAGUCAUCCGAUUUUUUAAAUAUUGUCUCUGCAUCGUGGACGGUGAAUUGAAAAAAGUUAAGAUAUAAUGAUAUUUAAAUAUGCUUUAAAUAUAGUACUUUUAAUUAUUAAGAGAAUGUUAAAAAAAGUUAAACCCACAUUGAGUCAAUCCCACCAUCACGAAAAAGCGAAUAUUUUUAUAUCAUAUUAAGUGAGACGGUAUAAUAAUGUUAUGGUAUAAAUGAAAUUGUUAAUCAGACAUUAACAAAUACAAAAAUAAAGUCUAUUUAUUAAA